ACGAAAUACUAGAGCAGUAUUAGAAAGAAAAGUAGAAACAACAACAACAACAACAACAAAUCACAACAUCAACAACAACAACAAACAAAACACACACACAGCCCACGAAUGCAGCCAACAUUGCCACAAGCCGCUGGGACAGCCGAUAUGGAUCUGACGGCUGUUCAAUCAAUCAACGAUUGGUUUUUCAAAAAGGAGCAAAUUUAUUUAUUGGCACAAUUUUGGCAACAGCGCGCAACACUAGCCGAGAAGGAAGUGAACACACUGAAAGAGCAACUCAACACAAAUACGCCCAGCAGUAAUAACAGCGACGAUAAUAACAGCAACACAGCAGCAGGACCAGCAGGACCUGGUGGUGCAGCAGCUAGUGACGAAGAAGCAGCAGCAGCAGCAGCAGCGGCUGUAGCUGCAAUUGGAGCAGAGGCUGCUGCCGUUGCCGGCAAUCCCAACGAUACGGACAGCGAACGCAAGCUGCUCAAUAGCGUUGCAGCGGCGAUUACGCUGCAUCAAAACGGCGGCAAUCUGCUGGCCACCAACACACCAUCACCAUCGCCGCCAUUGCUCAGCGCUGAGCAGCAGCAGCAAUUGCACAGCAGCCUGCAGCAGAACGGCGUUAACGGGUGCCUCAAUCCAAAGCUCUUCUUCAAUCACGCUCAGCAAAUGAUGAUGGAAGCGGCGGCUGCUGCUGCUGCUGCAGCGGCUGCAGCUGCGGCGGCUGCGCAACAACAACAACAGCAACAGCAAUCGCCAAUGCAUUCGCCCACAGGUGCUGCUCCAGUUGGGGCAGCAACACCUGCCCCAGCAACAACAACAGCCACUGGCAACACACAACAGCAACAGCAGCAAAUCGGUCGUGAUGUUGCUGAGCAUCAAACAGCGAGUGGCAACAACAACAGCAGCUGCAACAAUGUUGCCGGCGCUGAUGACGAUGAAGACGAUGAUGAUGAGGAUGUAUCGAUGCAUUCGAAUAUGGCGCAUGCCGAUGGCGAUGAGGACGAUGACGACGAGCUCGAGGAGCAGGCUGUGGAGCAGGAGGAUAUUGAAGCAGCUGCCACUGUUGCUGCCGUUGCCGCUACUGUUACUGCUGCUGGUCCAGAUGCCAGAACUGACAACAGCAAUGAGCAUAUUGCGGAUGAUGUGGCAACUCUGGAACAUCAGCAACAACAACAACAACAACAGCACAAUGAGUUGGAUGAAGCUAGUUUAAAUGUUAGCAAUAAUCACAAUACCGAUAGCAAUAAUAUCUGUAGUCGAAAGAACAGCAACAACAACAACAACAGUCUGCCACAACAUGUUGCACUGCGUGAUAAUAAUGAUAAUGAGCAGCAUGUGGCCAGCGCUGAGGACGACGAUUGCACCAACAAUAACACUAACAACAACAACAACAACAAUGAGAAGCGCAAGAAGCGUAACGCCAGUAAUAACAACAACAACAAUAAUAAUAAUAACAACAAUCAACAUGCUGUUUUAUUAGCUGCCAAAGAUAAAGAGAUUAAAGCACUUUUGGAUGAGUUGCAACGCCUGCGCGCACUCGAACAAACCCAUCUGGUACAAAUCCAACGCCUUGAGGAGCAUCUGGAGGUGAAACGUCAGCAUAUAAUGCGCUUGGAGGCGCGUCUGGAUAAGCAGCAAAUCAAUGAGGCAUUGGCCGAGGCCACAGCGCUAGCAGCUGCCGUUGCUGCCACAAAUAAUAAUAACAACAACAACAAUAACAAUAGCAGCAACAACAAUGUUGAUGGAGCACCAGACAACCAGGUUAACAACGAUUUGGCCGUAGUAUCCAAAUCAUCUGAGCUACCAACCGAAGACAACGAUGCCCACAUGAUCGAUGAGGAUGAGGACGAGGAGGACGACAAUGCCCUCAAUGAGCUGCACAGUGAGCAGCAACGGGAACAGGUGCCGCAAACCGAGGACGACGCCGAUAUGUUGAGUGUGGCACAUGGAACGGACAGCAACAGCGAGAUGAAAAUCAAAAAGGAGCACCACAGUCCCCUGGAUCUGAAUGUGCUCAGUCCACAGUCGGCGAUUGCCGCUGCAGCAGCAGCUGCCGCCGCAGCCGCCUGCGCCAACGAUCCCAACAAAUUCCAAGCGCUAUUGCUCGAACGCACCAAGGCCCUGGCCGCUGAGGCGCUCAAGAAUGGCGCCGCCAACGAGACCGGAGUCGUUGCCAGCGAAGACGGUCUCUCCUCGCAUCAUCAGCAUCCACAGCAGCAACAGCAGCAGCCACAUCAUCAUCACCAACAGCAGUCGCACCACCUUGCCUCGUCGCUGCACCACAGCAGCAGCCAACACCAGCAGCACCAUCAUCACGCCCUGGCGGCUGCCGCUGCUGCCCACCAUGCGGCGACCCACCAUCUGCACGACUCCAACUCCUCCAGCGCCAAUAGUACACCGAAUGCGCCCAGCAGUGGUGCCGCUGCCGCUCAGCUAGCCGCCAGCAUUGCGUCAACGCUGAAUGGCAACAAAUCGUUGCUGCAAGCAGCUGCUGCCGCCAAUGCUGCGGCCGCUGCUGUCGCCGUUGCCGAAGACAACAACAAUAGCUUGACACCCAAUGCGAAUGCGGCGGCUGCCGCGGCAGCAAUGGCUGCGCAUGCCCAACACGCUCAUGCCUUAGGCGCCCCCGGAUUCUUGCCCAGCCUGCCGUUUCAGUUUGCCGCCGCAGCGGCUGCCGGCCAAGAGGCGCGCGGCCAUUAUCGUUUCGCUGAUGCGGAACUGCAAUUGCCGCCCGGCGCUUCGAUGGCCGGCCGCUUGGGUGAGUCACUGAUACCCAAGGGUGAUCCCAUGGAGGCCAAAUUGCAGGAGAUGCUGCGCUACAACAUGGACAAAUAUGCGAACCAGGCUUUGGACACAUUGCACAUCUCGCGCCGUGUCCGGGAAUUGCUAUCCGUGCACAAUAUCGGACAGCGAUUGUUUGCCAAAUACAUUUUGGGACUAUCACAGGGCACGGUAUCCGAGCUGCUUAGCAAGCCCAAGCCCUGGGAUAAGCUCACCGAGAAGGGACGUGACAGCUAUCGCAAAAUGCACGCCUGGGCCUGUGAUGAUAAUGCGGUGAUGCUCCUCAAAUCGCUCAUACCCAAGAAAGAUUCUGGACUGCCACAGUAUGCGGGACGCGGAAGCGUUGGCAGCGGCCCUGGUGGUGAUGAUUCCAUGUCCGAGGACCGCAUUGCGCACAUUCUAAGCGAAGCCUCAUCGCUGAUGAAGAGUAACGCGCAGGCGCAACAGGAGCAUCAAAGACGCGCCAGCGCCCACGGUGGCGAUGACACGCACAGCAACGAGGACAGCAAAUCGCCACCGCAGACCUGCACCUCACCCUUCUUCAAGGUGGACCAUCAGCUGAAGCAGCAGCAUGUCGAUCAUGCGCAGCGCGAACAGCAACGCGAGCAGCAACGCGAAGCAGCCGUUGCAGCCGCCCAGCAACAGCAACGCGAGCAGCGCGAAGUGGCGGCCGCGCAGCGUGAGCAGCGACUUAGACAAGAGGACUUUGCCCAGGACAAGAUGACGCGUCUAUAUCAAGAGAUCAUGGCGCGCACACCACGAGAAGCCUUCCCCGGCUUUUUGCUGUCACCUUUCUUUGGUGGCGCCGCCGGCAUGCCCAGUGCGCCGAAUACAUUCCCCACGGCAAUGGCCGCCGAUGAGAAUAUGCGACACGCCUUCGAGCGUGAGAUCGCCAAGCUGCAGCAGCAACAACAACAGCAGGCAGCCGCCGCCAGCUUUCCAAACUUCUCCAGCCUGAUGGCACUGCAGCAGCAGGUGCUGAAUGGCGCUCAGGACUUGUCGUUGGGCGGUGGUGCCGGCACCGGCAAGGAUAUGCUCAAGGACAUCAAGUUGAAUGGACAGCGCGGAUCACUGGAGCACUCGCAAAGCUCCAAGGAUGGUGAACGCGACGAUGAGCCCUUCGGCUUAAUGGCCCGCAAAUCGGAAAGCGUGACGAGUGGAAAUGGCGGUGGCGGAGGUGGUGGCAGCACACCCGCACCACCAGCACCACCCAGCAGCAACGCAUCGGCUCAGCACACAAGCAACUCAGCGGCUCCCAGUCCGCUCAGCAAUUCCAUUUUACCCCCGGCUCUCAGUCAAGGCGAUGAGUUCGCCGCCACUGCCAGUCCAUUGCAACGCAUGGCCAGCAUCACAAACUCGCUUAUCACACAGCCACCAGUCACGCCGCACCAUUCGACGCCACAGCGACCCACCAAAGCGGUGCUGCCACCGAUUACCCAACAGCAAUUCGACAUGUUCAACAACCUGAACACUGAAGACAUUGUGCGACGCGUCAAGGAGGCGCUCUCCCAAUACUCCAUAUCGCAGCGACUCUUUGGCGAGUCCGUGCUAGGUCUAUCGCAGGGCUCUGUUUCUGAUCUGCUGGCGCGCCCCAAGCCCUGGCACAUGCUGACCCAAAAGGGUCGCGAGCCCUUCAUACGCAUGAAGAUGUUCCUGGAGGAUGAGAAUGCGGUGCACAAACUGGUCGCGAGUCAAUACAAGAUCGCACCCGAGAAACUGAUGCGCACCGGCAGCUAUAGCGGCAGUCCACAGAUACCCCAGGGACUGGCCAACAAGAUGCAAGCCACCCUGCCCAUGCAGAAGAUGAUGAACGAACUGAAGCUCCAGGAGCCGGCACAGGCUCAGCACAUCAUGCAACAAAUGCAUGCUGCGGCUGCAAUGUCGGCGGCUAUGCAGCAACAGCAGGCAGCCGCCGCUGUAGCACAGCAGCAGAGUCAACAGCAUCAGCAUGCAGCGGCUGCGGCUCAAGCAGCUGCAGCAGCGGCAGCAGCGGCCGGUCUUCAUCACCAGAACAUGCUGCUCACCUCACCGGGCCUACCGCCACAACAUGCCAUCAGCUUGCCAGCCGCAACUGGCAACAAUGCACCCGGUGGUGCUGGCGGCUCAGCGCCCGGUAGUGGUGCUGUGGGCGUCCCCGGUGUCUCUGAGAAGAAGCCAAUGUUGAUGCCAGUGCACGGCGCUCAUGCGCCCAAUGCCAUGCGUAGCCUUCAUCAGCACAUGUCGCCCACCGUCUACGAGAUGGCCGCACUCACGCAAGAUCUUGACACUCACGACAUAACCACCAAGAUCAAGGAGGCACUUCUGGCCAACAAUAUCGGCCAGAAGAUCUUCGGCGAGGCUGUAUUGGGACUAUCGCAGGGCUCCGUGUCGGAGUUGCUCAGCAAACCAAAGCCGUGGCACAUGCUCUCCAUCAAGGGUCGAGAACCCUUUAUUCGCAUGCAGCUUUGGCUAAGCGAUGCCAAUAAUGUUGAGCGGCUGCAGGUGCUGAAGAACGAGCGUCGUGAGGCAAGUAAGAGACGUCGCUCCACGGGCCCCAAUCAGCAAGACAACAGCUCAGAUACAUCGAGCAAUGAUACCAACGACUUCUAUACGAGCAGCCCGGGGCCGGGCAGCGUCGGCAGUUCUGUGGGUGGGGCACCACCAAAUAAGAAGCAGCGUGUACUCUUCUCGGAGGAACAAAAGGAAGCUCUCCGCCUCGCCUUCGCCCUAGAUCCCUACCCCAACGUGGGCACCAUUGAGUUUCUGGCCAACGAGCUGGGCCUAGCGACACGCACCAUCACGAACUGGUUCCACAAUCACCGUAUGCGUCUGAAGCAACAAGUGCCGCAUGGCCAACCUGGUGCUGAUAAUCCCAUACCCAGUCGAGAGAACACAAACGCCACCCCCUUCGAUCCCGUCCAGUUUCGCAUUCUGCUGCAACAGCGCCUCGUCGAGCUGCAUAAGGAGCGCAUGGGCUUGAGUGGUGCGCCCAUACCCUACCCACCGUACUUUGCUGCCGCAGCCCUUCUCGGGCGCAGUCUGGCCGGCAUACCAGGCGCUGCCGCCGCCGCAGGUGCAGCAGCCGCUGCAGCUGCCGCCGCUGGUGCAGCUGGUGAGAACGAACUGCAAGCCCUAAACCAGGCCUUCAAGGAGCAAAUGAGCGGCCUGGACCUCUCCAUGUCGACACUAAAGCGGGAGCGCACCGAUGAAUACCAAGACGAUCUAGAGCUAGAUGCCAGCGCCCACAACAUGAGCGACAACGAAUCCCUCGAGGGUCCCGAUGCGGAUGCCGACAAGCUAAGCGCCGCCACCGCUGCCGACUACGAGAAGGUUAUGCAGAAGUCUCUCGCCUCAGCGGCAGCUGCCUACAUGAGUAAUGCGGUGCGCAGCUCCCGUCGCAAGCCCGCAGCCCCCCAAUGGGUUAACCCCGCUGCUGCAGCACCCGUCGGUGCAGCUGCUGCUGCAGCCGUUGCUGCGGCGGCUGCUGCGGCCGCCGCUGCUGCCGCCGCCGACAGCGAGCGCAUCAUCAACGGUGUAUGUGUGAUGCAACCCUCAGACUACAGUCGCGACGAAGCAGCCGCUGUGGAGGCCUCCAAAGCAGAGAACACCCCUAGCGAGCACGGCGAUCACGAGCACGAGCAUGCGCAUAUGGAGAUCGAUCAGCGCUUUAUGGAGCCGGAGGUGCACAUCAAGCAGGAGGAGGACGACGAUGAGGAGACUCUGAACGAUGAGUGCCGCAGCGAUGCGACGCACGAUGACAAAAAAAUCAAGGUGAUCAAUGAGGAGAAGCUGCGUUUGGUGCGCGUCCAGCGACUGAGCAGUAAUGGGGCCUCGGCCCCGGUUGCCGGCAGCGGCGCUGAAGCUGAGGACGGAUGUGCGCCGGCGCAGGCAGCGGGCGCGACGCCAGCACCAGCUUCGGCAGCAACUGCAGCGUGGAACUAUUAG